AUGGCUUCCUCCAAGUACCAGAAGCCUCCUCAGGCACCGCCUCUCUUUACCGCAACCACAGAGUCUCUUGCAAAGGACACCAAGCGUCUCCUAGACCAAUCCCGUCGAGUCCAAGAUCAGAUCGUCAAGGACGUCACCCCCGAGUCGGCAAACUUCCACAAUGUCGUCCUCCCCAUGGCUCUUGACGACAACAAGAUGGCCAUCGAGUCUCACAUCCUUGGCUUCUACUCUGCCGUCUCGACCGACUCUAAGCUGAGGGACGCCUCGAUCGAGGCCGAGAAAGAGAUGGACGACUUCGGCAUUGAGUCUAGCAUGCGUGAGGACAUCUUCAAGCUUGUUGAUGCCGCUCUGAAGAACUCGAAGGACCUGGACGCCGAGAGUCAACGUCUGCUUGAGAAGGACCACAAAGGCUUCGUGCGCAUGGGCUUGAAUGUGCCUGCUGGUCCCAAGCGUGACCGCUUCAAGGACAUCAAGAAGCGUUUGUCUGAGCUCAGUAUCACCUUCCAAAAGAACCUGAAUGAAGAGAAUGGCGGUCUGUGGUUCGCCGAGCAAGAGCUGGAAGGUGUGCCCAAAGAUGUCCUCGAAGGUCUCAAGAAGGGCGAUGGUGACAAUGCAGGCAAGCUUUGGCUCUCCUUCAAGUACCCCGACCUCUUUCCCACCCUGAAGUACUGCAAGAACCCUGAGGUUCGUCGCAAGGUCUUCACAUCCAACGAGAACAAGUGCAACGAGAACGUUCCCCUCUUCAAGGAGGCUAUUGUGCUACGCGACGAGGCUGCCCGCAUCCUUGGCUACCCCAACCAUGCCACUUUCCGCAUCGAGGACAAGAUGGCCAAGACCACACAGACUGUCGACGACUUCCUCGGCGAUCUCCGCACUCGUCUCUCGCCUGGUGGUGUCGAGGAGAUCAAGAAGCUCAAGACUUUGAAGGAGAAGGACUUCAAAGAUCGUGGUGUGUCGGAGCAGAAUGAUGGCAAAUACUACCUCUGGGAUCACCGAUACUACGACACCCUCAUGCUCGAGCACGAGUAUCAACUUGAGCAAGAGGCUAUCGCCGAGUACUUCCCUCUCGAGACCACUAUCCGUGGUAUGCUACAGAUUUUCGAGGAGCUCUUCGGUCUUGCCUUCGUACAGGUGACCGGCAAGGACCGCGACGCUCUCAGUCCCACUGGCAAGGGUGACGACAUUAUCUGGCACCCUGACGUCCAGAUCUUCAGCGUCUGGGAUGACGAAGGUGAAGGAAGUGGCUUUGUCGGCUACCUCUACCUCGACUUGCACCCUCGCGAUGGCAAGUACGGCCAUGCUGCAAACUUCAACUUGCAGCCGGGAUACAUUGAUGAGAACGGCAAGAGAAGAUACCCUGCAACCGCCCUGGUCUGCAACUUCUCAAAGCCUACUCCCAAGAAACCUUCUCUCCUCAAGCACGACGAAGUCGUCACUCUCUUCCACGAGCUUGGUCACGGCAUUCACGAUCUUGUAUCGCGUACCACAUACUCUCGCUUCCACGGUACUUCGACCGUCCGCGACUUUGUCGAAGCACCCUCGCAAAUGCUCGAGAACUGGUGUUGGACAGCAUCGCAGCUACGCAGCUUGUCCCACCACUACAGCUACCUCUCAGACAGCUACAAGGCUGCCUUCUCAGAGUCUAACAAGUCUGGCAAGCAGCCGCCAGAGACCAUGUCUGAUAACCUGAUUGACAGCAUUAUCCGCACACGUCACGUUAAUGAUGCGUUGUUUAACCUCCGCCAGCUCCACUUUGGUAUCUUCGACAUGACUGUACAUGAAGGCAAAUCUCAUGACGACAUCAAGGCACUCGAAGUCAGCAAGCUCUACAACUCCCUCCGCAAGGAGAUUUGCUCUCUCGACGGACCUGAAGAGCUCGGUCAGGGUCUCGACUGGGGUAAUGGUCAAGCUACCUUUGGCCAUCUCAUUGGUGGCUAUGAUGCUGGUUACUACGGCUAUCUGUCGUCUCAGGUCUACUCGGCCGACAUGUUCUACAGUGUUUUCAAGAAGGAUCCCAUGAACGGCAAGGAGGGUAGACGCUACAGGCAUACUGUACUUGAGCGUGGCGGUGCUCAGGAUGAGAUGCAGACGUUGGAAGACUUUUUGGGUAGGAAACCCAGCACUGAGGCUUUCUAUAAGGAGUUGGGACUGAGCUAG